AGUCUGUGACGUCUAUCACCGGCGACGGGAUAGCUGCUGCUUAGCCGGACUGCCAAAUAGCGACACACAUAAAGAGGAAGGAGAGAUGGCGACUCAAACCCACUUUUGCACUGGUCCUUUGGCUUUUCCACUUAUAUUUGUGCUGAUUGCAGCAUUCGUCCCGGUUCGUGCCUCUGCCGACCAGACAAAGACGGUUGAGUUCAACGUGAAACCUGGAGGAGUGGUGCACUCGUUCAGUGAGGGGAUUAGGGAGUAUGAAUGCUCAUUCACUUAUGCCUCACAAGGGGGAACUAAUGAGCAAUGGCUGAUGAGUGUAGGUCUGAGUGAUGACGACAGACUUUUUUCCUGCUCUGUGUGGAGGCCCCAGGGGAAAUCGUACCUGUUUUUCACUCAGUUCAAAGCUGAACUGAAGGGAACCAAAAUUGAAUAUGCCAACGCAUAUUCGCAGAGCGCAGCAGCAGGACAAAGUGACGUUCCUUUGAAGCCAGAGGAAUUUACUGUAGGAGACUCAACAGUGACCCAUACAGAGGGAAAGUUCAGCGCUCAACUCUCCAAGCUGACUGCCAUUGCACGGACAAAACAUGAUGAGCUGUAAGACGUCAGACGUCUGACUUUUGUGCGGCCAUCUUUUGACCAAUCCGAGCACCUUGAUGAGCUCAUGGAGGAGCACUGGGUUUCAGCUCUUUAGUGAAUGAAGGAUGAAUUUGUGGGGGUUGUUCUGACUAACUACCAACAAUGGAAGUGGGAUGAUUCGGCUAAUGUUCGUGCUGCACUGAGUGGGUCUAUACAUAAAUUCCCUGCAAUGUUUUAACAAUGGAUUCAUCUGUAAAAAAAAAAAACAAAACAUGAAAAAAACACAAAAAACUAAGUAAAAAAUAUUUUGAGGAUUCCGGUUUUUUACUACAUAAUGUCCUAGCUAAAUUCUAGCAUAAGGUAAAGUGCUUCCAUUGUUGUUUCUUAGCUACUGAAGCUGUAAUAUUAACUGAAAGCAAAUCUGUUCUCAUUCACUGAGGAUGUAUGUGAAUGUGUAGAGGAUUGGGGUCGGGGGCGGGGCUUGUAUAGUAUAGAUAACAUAUUUAGAGUAGGGGGGGAUUUAUUCAUCUUGCAUAAUCCUGAGAGGAAAGUGUGUAAUCCUCGACAGGGUUUUCGCACAUGCAAAAACAAUUACAUUUUCCUGAACAUCAUUCUGUUCUACAACUAUGGGGACACAUUCUAUUCCAUAAAUCACCAAUUAGUACCACUUUCAUGACUGUCUGUUCCGUCGCGGGGGGACACUGGAGCAGAAAGCAGUGCUGUAACAUAAAUUGAAUGACGGGUGAACAGAAACACUGAAUGUAACGCUGCGUUUUGUGUUUUUCUUUUACAAAUUGUAAACAGUGUGAUUGAGUAUUUGUCAUAAAAACCUUGAACAAUGCUUAAACUUAAUUAUUUUGUUUAAAUAUGCAGUAAUGAUUAUUUAUUAGUCACCUGCAGCCAGCAAUGCAAGGCUGGAGAUUUUAUUUUUAUUUUAUUGUCACAUGCUUGUUUCCUGUUUGAAUAACUUUUAAUUUCAUGAUUUAGAUUUCAAAAUAAUCAAAUAUAAGGGGUUCACAGGCAUUUUGAACAGAAGAGUAUAUAUAGCAAAGAGAUGCCAUCACAUACUCACACUGAAGCCCUUACUGAAACUUUUACUAUCAUCCCUCUUGUACCACGUGUGGAUCAGCAAGGAUUGUGCAGGUUUCAGAAGUACAGCUCUAUGAUUACAGGUCCCCCUCCUCUCCCUGAUCCCUUAUGUGGCAUGUAGGAUUGCCUUUAUCUUCCUUACAGUGAUCCAACCUUCUUAGAUCCACACAAGAGUCCAGAAGAUGAGUUCUGGGGAUUGAUUUCAGAUUUGAGGAUUUCGCUGAUUUGAUUCUGAGGUGGGAUUACUCACUGAGAUUUGUGCCAUGUUUGGUCGGGGGUUUGGAUCCUCUCAUCUGUCUAGAGAUGUUCUGUCGCUAGAGUUGAGGAAAUGCUCAGAUUGUUUGUCCCUUUUGUCACCGCUGAGGGUCCCUCUGGGGUCACAAACAGGAAAUAACCACGUCCGGAUGCUGACCCAGAAGAGAAAAAACACAAGAUGUUACUUAUUUUCUAGACGUUUUCUUUUUUUUCUACUGGUUAGCUGUCCUGAUUCCUGAUGAAAUGUGAUGGAUGUUUCAAUAAAGACACGUAGUCACCA